GCCUGUAGUGUUCAGUACAGUCGAGUUGCAGAAUUUGUCGACCGACCCCACCAGUGAGAAUGUACAUCGCGCAUGCACAGUAAAGCUCCUGGUGCAGUUUCUGGCUGGCAUACAGAGAAGAGAAGAUAAUAAACAGAAACAUUAGCAAACAUGACGACUUCAUGGAGUGACAGACUUCAAAACUAUGCAGAUUUACCUGCCAACAUGGAUAGACUUGCUAUGAAAAAGUAUAGACGAGAAGCUUACCACAGAGUGUUUGUAAACAGAAGUCUGGCAAUGGAGAAGAUUAAAUGCUUUGGUUUUGAUAUGGAUUACACUUUAGCAGUAUAUAAAUCUCCAGAAUAUGAGUCUCUAGGGUUUGACCUGACUGUAGAAAGACUUGUGUCUAUUGGGUAUCCUCAGGAGCUAUUGAACUUUGUCUAUGACCCAACAUUCCCAACAAGAGGGCUGGUGUUUGAUACAAUGUAUGGAAAUUUGCUAAAGGUGGACGCAUAUGGCAACAUUCUGGUUUGUGUCCAUGGGUUCAAUUUCAUGCGGGGACCUGAAAUCAGAGAGCAAUAUCCUAAUAAAUUCAUACAAAGGGAUGAUACUGAACGGUUUUACAUUCUCAAUACUCUAUUCAACCUUCCAGAAACCUACCUGUUUGCCUGCCUUGUAGAUUUUUUCACAAACUGCCCUCGUUAUACCAGUUGUGAAACUGGUUUUAAAGAUGGGGACCUCUUCAUGUCUUAUAAGAGCAUGUUUCAGGAUGUCCGUGAUGCUGUAGACUGGGUGCACUACAAGGGUUCUCUGAAGGAGAAAACUGUAGAAAAUCUGGAGAAGUACGUGGUGAAAGAUGGUAAACUUCCUCUCCUGCUUAGUCGAAUGAGUGAAGUAGCUAAAGUAUUCUUGGCCACCAACAGCGACUUUAAAUAUACUGAUAAAAUCAUGACAUACCUAUUUGACUUUCCCCAUGGCCCAAAGCCUGGCACUGCACAUCGUCCCUGGCAGUCCUACUUUGAUCUCAUUCUUGUGGAUGCACGGAAACCGCUGUUCUUUGGAGAGGGAACUGUCUUGCGGCAGGUGGACACUACAACGGGAAGGUUAAAGAUUGGGACCUACACAGGACCAUUACAGCAUGGCAUUGUAUAUUCUGGAGGGUCUUCUGACAUUGUUUGUGAUCUACUGGGAGCAAAGGGCAAGGACAUUCUCUAUAUUGGAGACCACAUCUUUGGUGACAUUCUGAAAUCAAAAAAGAGACAAGGUUGGCGAACCUUUCUUGUAAUACCUGAGUUGGCUCAAGAACUUCAUGUGUGGACUGACAAGAGCUCCCUGUUUGAAGAGCUUCAGAAUUUGGACAUAUUCCUGGCAGAACUGUACAAACAUUUAGAUAGCAGCAGUAACGAGAGACCAGACAUCAGCUCCAUUCAAAGACGUAUCAAGAAAGUGACACAUGACAUGGACAUGUGCUAUGGUAUGAUGGGCAGUCUGUUCCGCAGUGGAUCUCGUCAGACCCUGUUUGCUAGUCAAGUGAUGCGCUAUGCAGACCUCUAUGCAGCCUCCUUUAUUAAUCUCCUCUACUAUCCCUUCAGCUACCUCUUCAGGGCUGCCCAUGUGUUGAUGCCUCAUGAAUCCACAGUAGAACAUGCCCAUGUGGACAUCAACGAUUCCGAGUCGCCCAUGGCUACCCGCAACCGCAAUGCUGUAGACAUGAAAGAUUCGGAGUAUAAGAGGCAUCAGCUGACCCGGUCCAUCAGUGAAAUCAAGCCUCCAAACCUGUUUCCGCAGACCCCUCAGGAAAUCACCCACUGUCAUGAUGAAGACGAUGACGAGGAGGAGGAGGAAGAGGAAGAAUAAGGAGUUGACUCUUAAACAACUGCACCCAAUCUUCCCAAUCCCUCAAAGUAGACUUGAACACUCCCCACCCCCACCCCACCCCCCUUUCCGAGGGGUUUACACAACGGUUGGGACAUGGCGGUUGAGGAAUGCAACGUACAACACAUUGGAAAUCGGACAAAUGAGAGCACAGGCACAAACCUCAAGUGCUUUUACAUUCGGAUGCACACAACACAUCAGCGCAGCAGAUUACGGCUGUCAGGUAAUAAUAUUCUGGUGGUCAACUCUGACGUUCAGGAAACACGUCAAGGGGACAAAGCUGACCUUUGGCUUGUUCUCUUGGUCAAGGAUUGAGGCACGAAGCACAGAGACCAAAGCCACUCGGAGGGGACAAAGCCCACUUAUUACUGUCAGUCAGCUGAGCAGCACAACAGCCGUGGAUAAAAUGGCACCAUAUACAGUAGUGACCGUCGGGUAGAGUAGAGCGUAGUCUGUGAGGGUCUUUUAUUUACGCCAGUAUUACUAAUGAAGUGCUUUAUCCUCGUAGAGGGUGACAGGAGGAGUGUCACCACACAUUAUGACGGUAGAUUUGCUUUUUGUUUGUGUUCUAUUUAUCGAGUUUUGUGGUCACGUUUCUGUUUUGUUUUUUUUUACUUCACAUUGUUGGAUAUUUACUGUAUUGCAUUUUUCCUGACCAACGUAUGAAGUAAGAGGAAGCGGGACCACCUAGUACAAAGAUUUUAGCCUCACAUAGGUUUCAAAAAGCACAUUUCUUAAAAUAACACCUCAGAGCUCAUUGGGGGUACGGCUAGUAUGAGCCAAAGAGAGCAGGUACUUGACAAGUGGCUUUCUGUCUUUAAGGGUGUGCCAUGAAUUGGGGGCACCACAGCCAAGGAGGCCGAAAAGAGGGUGAAAGGAAUUUAAGAACGUGCGACUCUGUGUGCUUUACAGCAGAAGCAUUUUUAAUAAACGUCUCAGACUGGGAUUGGUGGCUUCGGGGAGGACUUGCGCUUGCUUGGCUUUGUUCUUGUGAAUGAUAAACAGAUCAGCUGAAGGCUGUAAUGAAGUCGUGCCGUACGAGAAAUGUGCUCGAGGAUUCAGACCUGCUGUUACAGUGAAGGCCCAGGCCCUCGCACCUUUAAUGCAUGAUCCUUCUGUCUGGGGACACCGCCAUUGACUUGGUCACUUUGCCUCUUUAUUAAUCCUUAUGAUAUGUUACUACUUUGCAAACAUUUAUUCUGCUAAAUACGUAAAUACAAUAAAGUUCAAAAUCUUGCAGUGU